UAUUGUAGUUCUUAGUACGGAAAUCCUGUGCUUGUGACCGGAAGUGAAGGAAAAGGGAGAGACUAGAACCAUGAUCCGUUUCAUACUCAUUCAGAACCGUGCCGGUAAGACCCGCCUUGCCAAGUGGUACAUGCAGUUUGACGAUGACGAGAAGCAGAAGCUGAUUGAAGAGGUUCAUGCUGUGGUAACCGUGAGGGAUGCCAAACAUACAAACUUUGUGGAGUUCAGGAAUUUCAAGAUCAUCUACCGCCGAUACGCCGGGCUGUACUUCUGUAUCUGUGUAGAUGUGACAGACAAUAACCUGGCUUACCUGGAAGCCAUACACAACUUUGUGGAGGUCCUGAAUGAAUAUUUCCAUAAUGUGUGCGAGUUAGAUCUAGUAUUCAACUUCUACAAGGUUUACACAGUGGUGGAUGAGAUGUUCCUGGCUGGUGAAAUUCGUGAAACGAGCCAAACGAAGGUUCUUAAGCAGCUGCUUAUGUUGCAGUCUCUGGAAUAAGGGAAGCUAACUGGUUUACCUGCGUAUUACAGAUUCUGGUCUCAACAUUCCAACCCAGGACUCAAAGCACUCUCCGAACCAUCCCCUUAUUUGUCCUUCCCCAUCUCUAGAAACUGACCACUACCCCUUUCUGUGCUCCUUGUCCCUUCAUCCUUCUCUUCUGUCCCCACCAUUCUGUGACCUCUCCUUGUCUCCUGUCCCCUCCAUCCUGUGACCUCUCCUCUACUGUCCCCUCCAUCCUGUGACCUCUUCUUCUCUCCUGUUCCCUCCAUCCUGUGACCUAUUCUCUCCCCGUCCCCUCCAUCCUGUGACCUCUCCUCUCCCCGUCCCCAAGUGUCAUAUUCUCCUUGCACCCAACUCUCUGAUAAACUUGUUCUCUAUUUCUCUCUGUCUUCUUUCUUCCGUUCGGGUCAGUCAUGUAUUGCCUUUUUUAAGUUUAAAAUGUGAAGGAAAUAUAAAAAUAAAUAUAUGUAUGAAAUAAA